AUGCAGCCAAACCGUCGGUUACAAACCAUCCAAGAUUGGAGUAAUAAGCAUAUCUUUACUUCCUCUCUUGAUUAUUGGAAUCAAGAACCUACAGCUGGACAAGUCAGUGUUAAUCAUCAUUAUGGAACGGUCGGAGGUGAAGAUGGGGGCGAUCCGCAAGGUAAUGAUUCUUACCAAAUGGCAACUGUGCAAGAGGUUGAUGAAGUAGAAACGGACGAGGACCCUCAUUCAGGAAAAGAAGCUAUCACGGCCCUUCAGGCUGCCUGGAAUGUUACUAACGCAAUACAAGGAAUGUUCAUUGUUGGCUUACCAAUCGCUGUUAAGGUUGGUGGCUGGUGGUCAGUAGCUGCCAUGAUCGGAGUAGCCUACAUAUGCUAUUGGACUGGUAUGCUGUUAAUCGAAUGUCUUUAUGAAGGCGAUCAGAAAGUUCGUCAUAGUUAUCGAGAGGUAGCUGAAUUCUAUCAUCCAGGGUUCGGAAAAUGGGUGCUUGCUGCUCAAAUAACUGAGCUUCUUUCUACCUGUAUUAUCUAUCUGGUAUUAGCAGCAGAUUUACUACAGAGCUGUUUCCCUAGCAUUGAUAAGCCAGCAUGGAUGAUGUUAGUGGCAGCCAUCCUCCUGAGUUGUGCUUUUCUCGAUUCUCUCGUUCUCGUUUCACAACUUUCCAUGGCUAAUGCAGUUUCUCAUCUUAUCGUUAAUGCAAUCAUGAUGAUAUACUGCAUAUCUCAAAUCGGUAGUUGGUCAUUAAGCUCCGUAACGUUUGCUCUGAAUAUCAACACAUUCCCUACAAUGAUCGGAGUUGUUGUGUUUGGUUACACAUCUCACAUUUUUCUGCCUAGUUUGGAAGGAAACAUGCAGAAUCCUUCUGAGUUCAAAUGGAUGCUCUGUUGGUCUCACAUUGCUGCUGCUGUUUUCAAAGCCACAUUCGGUUUGAUGGGCUAUUUAACAUUCGCUGAGCUUACUCAGCAAGAAAUAUCCAAUUCUCUGCCUAACCAAGGUUUCAAAAUCAUUGUCAACUUGGUUCUGGUUGUCAAAGCUCUAUUGUCAUAUCCACUUCCGUUUUAUGCAACUGUCCAGUUAUUACGAGACAACUUCUUCAAAGGAACGAAAACAACACUGUUUACUGCAUGUUAUAGUCCUGACGGAAGCUUAAGAGAAUGGGCUUUGUUCCUAAGAAUUUUGCUCUUACUGUUCACAUUAUUUGUCGCACUUUCAGUUCCUUAUCUCAUAGAGUUGAUGGGACUUAUCGGCAAUAUCACUGGAACUAUGCUUUCGUUCAUAUGGCCAGCACUGUUUCAUUUGAAAAUUCGAGGUACUCGCAUGGUGGAUAUCGAUCGUCGUUUCGACCAAUUCAUCAUCGGAUUAGGCUGUACCAUCUGUGUUUCUGGAGUGUACUUCUCCUCCAUGGAGUUAGUUAGAGCCAUACAAGCAGACUCUCAUUGA